UAAUUUUAAUAUUUUUUCUUAUUAAAAUUUAUGAUUUUAAAUCAAUUUCAUGUAAAAAUUAUACUCAGUCCGGUUAAUUUUUUUCCGCCUCUGAAAUAUACCAUCACACAAUUCGCAUUCCCUUUCAAAAUAUUGAUAAAAAUACAUUCGGCAGGUCAAUUUUUCCCAUUUUUCUCCAUUGAAAUUUUACCAAAUUACAAAUGACGUCUCAGAUCAUGCUGCGUCCCUUUUUGUUGCGACAUCGCCUGCCAUCGACCUUCCAAAUGCUCAGCCAGCGUCAAUAUUGUCGACCUGCACGUGCAAUAGCGGAAGCUAAACAGUCCAGCGAGCUAUCGGAAGACGUCAGACCUCUCGGAGAAAAGAUCAAGGAGAACACAAAGACCGCUAGUUACAUGGGAAUCAUCCUCGCGGGCGUUGGCGUGACUGGAAUUAUGUUUUAUGCCAUCUUCCGUGAACUUUUUUCAUCACAAAGUCCGAACAAUGUGUACUCUGAGGCUCUGGAUAAGUGCAAAAAUGACACAAGAAUCCAAGAUGCGCUUGGCGUACCAAUCAAAGGAUAUGGGGAAGAGACGAGACGCGGAAGAAGGAGACAUGCCGCACACACAAUUUACGAAAAGGAUGGCAGGACCUACAUGAGGAUGCAAUUUUAUUUACAAGGAUGCAGAAAUAAAGGCACAGUUUAUUUGGAAAAACGCAUGAACGACGCCGGAAAAUACGAAUAUCGCUACUUAUUUGUGCAAAUGAGUUAUUAUCCGCAUGAAACUAUCGUACUAGAAGACAACAGAAUUAACGAUCCUCAGCCACUGGCACAACAGAGCAAAGAAUUUUCCUUCCCCACACUCAGUUAAAUGUCACCAAGUGAUGCAAUGCAAAUAAAACUUCAUAGCCUUCGUGUAA